AUGAAUCCGUCCGAGGUCUAUGGCUCUCCGCCCGCUGACAGAUCGCCGCCCAGAUAUCGGCCCCGAGAUGAGGAGCCGUAUGACCGGGCCGAUUCAUACCGCAGACGAUCUCCCGUGAACGAUCGACGACGUCCGCCUCCGCGCAACCGCUCACGUUCGCCCGCGGGCAUCGAUCGCUAUCAGCCAGACCGCGAACGUGCCCCGCGAGACGACUACUAUGACGGUCCUCGCACUGCGCCGAGAGAAAGAGAUGAUCGAAGAAGAGCUCCCUCUCCAAUUGCCGCCAACAUUGACCGUUACGUUCCCGGUCAAGAGCCUACCAAGCCUGUUGUCCGAGUCAACCCGCUGGCGAAUCCUCUCUCGCUGGAAACUCAAGCUGGCUUCAGCUUUUUUGCCGAUUGGUGGAGAUGCGAGAACCAGAUUAAGGAAGAGAAAGAGCGCGCCAAGCAUGGCGGACGGAGACCUUCAGAUCGCGUCAAGGGUGAGCGUGAGGCCAAAGAAGACCGUGAGAAAGAACGAGCGCAGAUCCAAGAAGCAUACGACCAGUACAAGCAAGAAUUCCAAAUCAAGAUGGCCAAGCAGUUCGUCAUGCAGCACAAGAAUGAGGAAUGGUUCAAAGAGCGCUACCUGCCAGAGGUUCGAGAUCCGAUUCGAAAGCGCUUGAUGGAGUCUCGUCAUGAUGCUUUCGAUCGAUGGACCAAAGACAUGGAGACCGGCGUCUUUGAUGAGUUCACCCUCGAGGGUAUCUACAAGAAUGACAGCGACGGCGCCGGUGGCAUGGUGGAGAAAGAAGAGGGUGAGGCCGUCGGUGGCGGCGAGGUGCUGGGUGUUCUCGACCUGGUCCCGGCCAAAGGCGGCGAUCUGAGGGACGAGUCGAUGUAUGAACCCGCCCUGCUCAUCAAGACACUGGCACCGAACGUUGGCCGUGAGCGGAUUGAAGACUUCUGCAAGGAGCACCUGGGCGAGGAUGAAGGCGGCUUCAAGGGCCUGUCGUUGAGCGACCCCAACCCCGCCAAGAAAUUCCAUCGCAUCGGCUGGAUCAUGCUCAAACCCGGUCAAGACGACGAUGGGGAUGCCAUGCAGGAAGUGGAGCGAGGAGACGGUCGCGACGAUGACGAGGAAGAGGGUGAAGAAAAGCCGAAACCUGAGGCCAAGACCGUCGCCCAAAAGGCGCUGGAGCUGAUCAACGGCAAGACCAUCUCAGAUGCUGAACGAGGAGAUUUCACAUGCCACGUGGGCGUUCACAACGCGCCGAAUGCGCCUCGAAAGAAGGCUCUCUGGGAUCUGUUCUCGGCUCCCGAGCGCGUCGAACGCGAUUACGAGCUGGCCCGGAGACUGGUGUCCAAGCUCGACGCUGAAUUGGGCAAGGACGAAAUGUCCGGCGCUCUGGCUCAGAUCGACGCCCGGGUUGAACAGAUGCGGAACCAAGGUCUGCUACAGCCUCCGCCAAAACCGAAGAAGCCCACUUUCGAGGACAAUGAUGAUGAAAUCAAGUUUGACGAAGAAGGCGAGGAGGGAGAGGAGAAUGAAGAUGAGCAGGAUGACGAAGAGUUGUUGGUGAUCAAGAAGAAACUUGACCUGAUGGUCGAAUAUCUCCGUCGCGUCUUCAACUUCUGCCUCUUCUGUGUCUUUGAGUCCGACUCGGUUCACGAGCUUGUUCGGAAAUGUCCGGGUGGUCACCUCCGACGACCAAGAGCCGGCUUGAGCAGUGCCGCCAAAGCUGCGGCUCGCGCCAGUGCCCUGGGCGAGCCAUUCCCGGGCAGGAAGAAGGAUGGAAAGGGUGACGCUGGCUACGACGACGAGCCUGCCAGUCCCGUCCAGGAGAAACGGCCGGCCAAGUUUAACAAGAACGACCAACAGCUUCUCCGCGCCUUCAACUGGGUCAAGACUUUUGAGGAGAAGCUGUUGCAGAUUCUCGAGCCUGAAUACGUCGAUUUGAAGAAGAUCGGGGGCAGACCCAUCGAGGAGGCCUUGGAUGAAGAACUGGCCAAGUUCGUCAAACAGGAGGACGAAGCGAAGUUUCGUUGCAAAGUGCCGGAAUGUACCAAGCUGUUCAAAGCUGAGCAUUUCUGGAAGAAGCAUGUGGAAAAGCGGCACGAGGAGUGGCUGGCGGCUUUGAAGAAUGAUCUCGAACUCGUCAACCGAUACGUCCUGGAUCCCUCACAUAUUGCACCCUCCCGCUCGGACGCCAAUUCCAACGGACACUUCCCUCUCCCAAACAACCACCAUCUCAACAACGGGACUCCCCGCGGGUUCAGCCUGCACAACAUGGGUAUGAAUGCGAUGAACUUUGGACAGAAUGCCAUGCUCGGCAUGUCCAACGUGCAGUCGCCGUUCGUGCCGGGCGUCAAUUUCAACGGGGACGGCAUGAACGGAAGCCAUACGGGUGGCCCUGUCCGCCGUGGUGGCGGAAGGUACGGCAACCGGUCCGGACCUUAUGAUCGAAAUCCACGGAACAACCAACGGGGCUACAACAAUGUUGGAUCCAUGGUCCGGGGCAGUCUGAUGCCUGGGCUCAAUCCGGGAUUCAUCGCUCAAGGUGGCGGAGGUGGUGGUGGGAAAUGGGGUGAUGGGGCCGGCGGUGGCAUGAACGCCGUCGGACCUAGAGAGGCUGUCCAGGGCAGAAGUAUCAAGAGCUACGAGGAUCUUGACGCGCAACCCAACGGCGGUGGAGGUGCAGCGGGCGCUCAUGCUGCAGCGCAAGCAGGAGCCGGUGCGGAGCUGGACUAUUGA